AUGGUCGUUCAACUUGCAGAAAGCGCCAUGGUGGAGCGGGGUUUUUUAACGCCUAAUUGUGUCAACAAAGCGAUGUUUGAAGAAAAUCUUGGGAAAACGCCAGACUGGAGGGAUGAAUAUCUCUUAGAAUUGAGAGAAUCGCAUAGACAAGGAAUGAGAAUAAUAGCGGAAGGAGAUAUUGUUCUUGUACACGAAGAUGAUAAACGGAGAAACAACUGGAAACUUGGCAAGGUGGACAUUCUUAUACCAGGCAAGGACGGGGAAAUAAGAGGAGCUAAUGUGACAGUAUCAAGCAGUGUAUUGAAUCCAUCAAUGAUAAGACGUCCAGUUCAAAAAUUAUAUCCAGUCGAGGUUAGCGGGUUUGUCAAAGGUGAAGAAGCGGUAGCAGAAGAAGAUGACAGAGAAGGACGACAUAUUGAAAAUACGACCAAGGAGAACACCAGCAGCUAA